CAGAAGCAGAACUACAAAAAAAACAUCUCACUUUGUCGGUAAUUUAAUUCGUAAGCUAUUAAAUUAACUUCAAUAAGCAAAGACGACAUUUAAUUUGACUCCUACGUUUUGCAUUUACGUGAACGAAAGUGCUGUGUAUUCUUCGUGGUCCAAUUUACUAUUCUUGGUUUUACUGUAAUUGGGAAAAUCGGCAGAACAUAACCUCAACAUGAACAUAGAAGAUUUACCAGAUGAAAGCGAUUCCAGCGAUGAAGAUUACAAGCCCGAUGAAAAAGUGGACGAAGUCCCAUCAGAAAUCGACGAAGACGAUCCUAUUUCAGAGGACGAAUCAAAUGAAAAGUCCAAAAAGACCAGGAAAACGAAGAAAAAGGGUAAAAAUUCUAAACCUGCCACAGGAAGCAAAGGAAAUGAGCCCCCUACGAAUACCAGCAAUGAGAAUAAAGAUGAUGACGACAAAAAGAGCAACGUAGACGACCUUUGGGCCGAUUUCGUCAAAGACACAGGCUUCAAAUCGAAAAAUCUAUCUAAAUCAAGUUCCACAGAACCCGAUUCUGCCAAACCGAAACAAACCACAACCACAUCAAUAAAUCCUCCCAAAACCACCGAACCCACGAAGAAACAACCCGAUAAAGUGAAAGUCACUCAAAUAUUCGAAUUCGCAGGAGAAGAAGUGAGAGUCGAGAAAGAAGUGCCGGUGCAUUCAGCUGAGGCACGUUUGCUCGGCGAAACUCAGCCUUCUAACUCGGAUAAUAGGAGGAAACGAAGCUCAACCGGCCUGAGCGGUAUCGGUAACGUUCUGAGUCAGCUCACGAAGAAAUCGAAAAUUAGCACUUUAGAGAAAACUAAAUUAGAUUGGGAUAGAUAUAAGAAGGAUAACGACAUUGCGGAAGAGCUGGAGACUCACAAUAAGGGAAAAGAUGGAUUCUUGGAGAGACAAGACUUUCUAGAACGAACCGAUUUGAGGCGAUUUGAAAUCGAAAGAAGCGUUAGAGAGGUGGAAAGAAAUAAAAGAUUCAACAGUACGUUGUAAUGUUUAACGUAGAGUGGACAAUGUAUUGCUAGGUGUUCUGAAUCUUUCCGUUAGGUAUUAAUGAACAGUUUAAAUUAUUUCAAGUUCUUUAUUUUAUAUCAUUUUCUCAAUUUUUUUAUAAUUGAACGAACGUUUUUAUAGGUUUUAUUAAGCUUUGAUAAUUUGCAUGGAAAAUAUCUGUCAAAUAUAUGUAAGAAUUUUUAUUUAAUUUGAGCCUAUAUUUGUAAUACAAAAUUAUUUCAAUUGAGUUUAUAUGGAUAAGUGCAAAUUUGUAUUUAAUCUAUGAUUGCA